ACAGCUUUUGUACGGCGACAAAAUAUGUUUUCAUUUCAUCAAUAUAAAUUCACGGUACUUUUAUCAUUGAGGGCACAGGACAUGAAAUAUAUACAUUAUCUCUAAUUUGUAAGCAAUGUAUAUUGCUUUUAAGUGGUUAGUAGGAUUGUCUUUGGCCAUGUGGGUCGCUGUGUGCUGUAGAGAUAUAAUGAUAAAAAUAAACAAAAACGCAGAGCAAGGUUCCAUUGCUAGACCAUUUGGGUUAAUAUUCAAGAACACUACAAUUCCUAAAGAGAAGAUUCUAGAGCACAGAAAUAGAUUUAAACACGACAGCAUCGCUGUCCUUCAUUGCUCCAUGUUUCUCGCUGGAGCGUUAGCCGUCACGAUUUUUAACAGGAAGACGGAAAUAAUUUUAUUCGCGAAAAGCAGAAUUCGUAAAGUAAAUUUAGCAGUUUUCUUGAACAAAGUAAGAUUAAGUUUGAAUGAAACCGCCAUUGGCAUCAGUGUUUCCAUAUUGAAAUAUUACCAAAUUUUGGGGAACAUAGGCCGAAUAUUGUCUACAAAGUUAAUCAAUGCUCUUAUAACAUUAAAACAAAGAAAGAUGGAAUUAAAUACCGUGAAUUUCAUAUUAUUAAAAAAACUCAAAGAAUUGGGAGAAGAAAGAAAGAAUUUAGGGCAACUACUUAUUUCAGCGAUACAUGAAAAUAAAAAUAUAAGGAUGCAAUAUCAACUUGAAAGUCUAGCCAAAAGUAGGCUUAUGCGACAUAUAGCACAAUCGCAAAAUCAAAUGAAAGAGAAUAGAUCUAGGUAUGUCAGUUUCCAACAAUUAUACUUGGUAACUCAUCAAGAAAAUCUGUUUCUCAAGGCUCGCGUAAGGAAACUAACGAAAGAGAAAGAAGAAGUCCAAAAAAACCUCAUGGAAUUGAUGAAUGAAAUAUACAAAUCGAAAAACACUGAGCUGAAAGCCUAUUGCAGUCGCUUCAUAGUCAGCUCAAGAGAUAAUUUAUUGAAUUCAGACGUAAAAUCAGAAAUACAGAAGUUCUUACAAAACAGUCGACGGCCAAGAAACACUAGAUCGCGUUGGGAAAUGUCAGAUGAACCAGAGAUAUUAGUGAAUAGUACGAGGAGUUGGCCGCGGUGUAAUGAUACCAGGGUUACAGAAAUACAUGGAGAUGAGAGCGUGGUGCCCAUAGUGUCUGAUGCGCCGAAGCUAAAGGGCCUGCCGGGAGAGUGUGUGUGGACCGUGAAGGAUAAGGAUGGCAUUAUAGAGAAGCUUUAUGAAUAUGACUACGAAACUGAUUUCGACAACGGCGAUACUAUCAGAAGGAUUAGAGAGUAUUCUGUUUAUUAUGAUAAAGAUUGUCUGCUGGAUUUUUCAAAUUCUAGAACAACAAUGCCCGACGACCAAACAACCACAUCAGAAAUGAACAGUCAAUGUUAUUCACGAACUAGUCAAAGAUUUUUAACAGGGUCGGAGGCGUUUCAAAAGUUUUUACAAGCCAACACGGAAAUCGUAAGCUCGCCGCGAAGAUCAUCGCAGGGCCCACCUUUCCUCUGCGGAUAAUAAAAAAUAUUAUUUAGAACAGAGAAAUGAUCUCCUACGACAUUGUUAAGUGGAUAAUUUUGUAGACAUUUUUAAUUAUUUGAGAGAAGAUUAAAUUUAUUUUAUUAUAU